AGCAGCCCAUUUUGGCAGAAUACGCGUUUCCCACCUGCGUUGUCUUGGUAAAAGCAAAGCAACAGAAUCGAAGCCAAGAGGUCAAUCAAUCUCUGAUCGGCGAGGCGAUGGGUUGCUUCAGUUGCUUCGACGGAGCCCAAAAGCAACAGCGUAAGGAAGAAGAGAGACAAGCCUCCGCCGAAGCUCGUGCCAGAGCCGCCGAAGCUGCUAUGCGACGACAAGAACAGUUUGAAAAGUCUGCAGCUGGAAGGGCUGCACAAGCUCAAAUACAGCAAAUGGCAAAACAAUCAGCUAAUACUAACAAAGGAGAGCCUGUUCUUAAGUGGCAAAUGACGUAGCGAUGGGACAGGCUUUCUAAGAAUUGUGUGCUUCUCAAGGUGUGCAAGACUUUUAAUGUGCUUCCCUUAUUCAUCUAAUUACCUUUUGAAUUUGCAAGAAAAGAAAACAGAGUAACAAGUUUGUAUAUGUAUAGUAGUAAUAAUAAAUGUAAAGAUAUCAUCUUUUCUUGUUUUUAUUGUGAGCUCCUAACCUUGCAAUAUAGUUUGAAAUUGUUCAAUAAAAGUUGUUUAGAUCAA